CAGUGAGCCGUUGUGCACGGUGGGGCUCAGCCGCAAGGGGUUUUUCUCUCUUCUACAUACUCUCAGUUGACAUCGACCGCUUGAGGGAGGCGCGGUGAGGCGAGGCGUAUACGCACACACGGACUUUGAAGAAGUUUUCCACUUUUUGAUGAAAAGGAAAAAAGACACAUAUUUGCUGUGAAUCGUUUGGACAGAUCGACGAUUUCGAGAAAGAGAGCGCGAGCGGGGCGGCAGGAUGCUCGCUCACUCGAAGCGGCGGGCUUCAGUUUAUUUCUGCAACGCCAUGAGACGAAAGGAUCAUCUGGAGAGCUAAUUCUCUGGCAGAUCGAAGUUCAACUGAGAAAAAAUCACUUUCAGUAGGAAAUCAGGACAUUUUUCUACAGAAACAGAUUUUUUACACCAAUCAGAGGAAAAUCGACCGUUUAGUGUGUGUGUGGGGGGAAAGUCUGUUAGCUUUAGCUAGUUAGCUAGCAAAGCAAGCCGGUGAAUAAACGCUGAUCGGUGCCAGUAAAGUCGGGCAGACCUCAUCGCUGAGGUGACAAUGCUCGAAAUAAUGUCUGAGCACCAAGAUUCAUUACUGAAGCGCAAAGCGGAGCCUCUGCCACCAGAGAGACGAAAGAGAACAGUGGAAGACUUCAACAAGUUCUGCAGUUUUGUCUUGGCGUACGCUGGUUAUAUUCCUUCUCCAAAAGAGGAAAGACCAUGGUCUCCUGCCUCCUCCAGUUCACCUCACAGCUCUGGUACCUCAGGGGAAGGUGGUGCGGGAGGUGGUGCCAGCUCAACCAAUAUGUCGCCAAGCUGGGGAGAUGGCAACUCGGACCUACACACUAUUCACACAUUUGUGCAGAAAGCCCGCGCCAACAAAAGUGUCAAGACCAUGCAGCGCCUACCUUCCGACAGCACCUUGCUAGACAAAAUGAGGUUAAAUGACUCACUCUACAAGGGCCAAGCGAGCAGCAAAGCAGAGCGCAAGAAGGACAAAAAGCUGAAGCGCCUCUCUCUCGGCUCAGGCGCUGGAGACAGCAGCAGUAGCAGCGGUGAAAAACGUGCCAGAAUCAAGCGCAGCAAAAACUCCAAGCAGCCCAAAAGCCUUAAGAAGCUUAAGAGCUCGACACUCAGUGAGACGGACUCUGAGACCGGACUCGGCCAUGGAGAGGAGCAUACGGGAGAGCCGAGAGGACUGCAGUCUCAGAGACCCAGCCUGGUAAAGUCUGAGCGGGACGAAGCAAGCAGAGACGCUGAAAUGAGCUCCAGUGAAGGGGAAACGUGGAUCGCAGAUGAGGAUAUCAUGGUGGAGUCAGGCGACGACUCGUGGGAUCUGAUCACUUGCUACUGCGGAAAACCUUUUGCAGGACGGCCGAUGAUUGAGUGCAACCAGUGCAGCAUAUGGGUGCAUCUGUCCUGCGCCAAAAUCAAGAAGUCCAACGUCCCGGACAUAUUCUACUGUCACAAAUGCAGGGAAGUGAGGCGAUCAGGCCACAAAAAAGACAGUUAGAGAAGACACCAAAUCUGUGGAAGCUCACGCUCUCGUCCUUUGCUUUUUUUCUAACAAGUUUGAGACGAUAACACUGUUUCUGAACUGGAUUGUUCUUUUGAGACCCACGUUAUUGGCGCAUCAGUUCUUCACAUAUUUGACAAUCAUAUACAUGGUUAAUUACACAAGGGGAAUUUCUCCAUGUCUGUAGACAAACUUUUAAGCAAUGCUUUUUCUCCGAGCGAUCUGUCUGUCAGUUUGGUCUGAUCAUCAGGGAAUGUUUAGUGCCGGCUUUAUCGACGAAUUCUGAUGGAAAAGCCUUUUUACAGAACAGAUCCUUAGAUGCAAAGGUUUGUCUCUUUACAUGAAGAUAUGAUCUGUGAAUAGGUUGUUCAUUGUCAUUUUCACACGUCUUAGUUUUGUUCUCAGAUUUCUAAUACUCAAACAAUAUUAACAGGUAGUAAUUAAGUAAUUAUUAUCUCUCUCUCUCUCUCUCUCUCUCUCUCUCUCUGUGCAUGUCAGCACAGUGGCAGUCCUGAGUCCUGUCCUUUACUAGCACUUAAUUAUCAACUCCAGAUCAUUCUGUGUAGGGAACAUUAAAUGUUGGACUUAUAAUAGGAUCUAUCAGAUUAGAACAUUUCCAUUGGUUGCACUGCUGUCUUCUUACCAAGUGUAAGCAGUUUCAAAUUAAAUAUUUUUGUUGGUUUACAUUUGAAGGAGUUUUUUUUUUUUUUU